AGCUUCCAGAAGAACUCUACAGAGAUGUCUCCUCGCACCGCUAUUCUGCUCCUCUCCUUUUGCUCUUCUCUGCAGGACGGUCUGAGUUUCCCGUCCACAAGGCGACCCGGAGAACCAGGUGGGGAGGUGAUCUCCCACCACAGAACCAGACGCUGCUCCUGCAACAGCCGGCAGGACUCUGAGUGCCACUACUUCUGUCACCUGGACAUCAUCUGGAUCAAUACACAGAGCAAAACGACUCUUUAUGGCCUGGGAAGCAGCGUGGCCCGCCGCCGGAGAGCCGCGGGUCGCUGCUUCUGUGCCAGUCCAACUGAUCGCACCUGCUCCCGCUUCUGUGUUCAAAGCUUGGCCAACUGAACUCCGGAAAGUGCCAUGAAGAGAUCCCCAGCCCACCUGCUCAAUGUCCCAGAGGUCUGGCUGAUGGAUCUCAAAAUAAAGCUGUCCAUCUAGACACGAAGAACGCCUUUCAUGCCUCUGAGACGGUUGUGGGCCAAAAUAAAUAUAGAUUUAAUAGCGAGAUAGAGACAGAGAAAUAGAAGGAGAGAGAGGAGAGAAAGAGAGGCACCUGAACAAAUGGUUCUACUUUCACACGAAGAGGUAAACAAAGGGCUGCGGAAACGCGUGUCGCACGAUAGAGGGCCGUCGCGCCUCGUCUGUUAGUCCACGGUCGAGAUAGUGGAAAACAGACCGAUCAUCGAAACACGCAGACACGGAGAAGAUGUUGCGGCACUGGUUGAAGAAAGGCAAUUAAUAAAGAACUGGUUCUCUCUGCAGUGGUUGAUGAAGCAAGAGAUGAAGAGUUUAGGCCAUCACUGACAAGUGAGUGGUGGUUGCACCUUAACGGACCACCCGCCUAACAGCUCGAAGGACAGUCUGCCGAGACCUGAAGAUAUUUGUGGUUUUACGCAUUUUGAGAUAUGAUGUGUAGGCUACUGAUCUAUUAGUUUAGCAAAAUACUGUUUAUUUCUAAUGAAACAUUUUAAUAACGUAAAAAUACUGAAAGUCAGUGUUUCUAUUUAAAAAAGAGUAAGAGAUUUAGUCCUAUGUGUACAUGUGAAUUUGUGAUGUGUGUGUUUUAGAGACAAUGAAUUGUUGGCAAGGGUUAGAAUGUAAGAAUAAACUAUGGCUGACAUCUUAUCUCCAUUAGGCUACAGUCUGAAUGUUUUUUUGUUGUGAUAAAUCCCACAUAUUCAAAUGCGUUGGCGAUAGGCCUACUAAU